GAGAUUUUUGACCAUGUAGUUUUUAUUAACGACAGAAAUGGAUGUUUUCCUUGAUGAAAAGACUCUACAAGAAGUUUUAGGACGAUCAGAUUUUGGAGCCAUUGAUAAUGAAGCCAUAGAUUUUAGCCAACUAGAAGACUUUAUCAACGAUGAAACAGACCAGUCUAAUUCGUAUUUCGGUGAAUCACUUUGCACGGACCGAGGAACGAGAACAUUGACUGUUGUUAGCCACCUCCCUUCGAACACGUCAAUAGAUACGCAGCAUUAUACUCAGCCACAUAAUUUACCAGAAAGUCCCCCUGACUCUGGUUCAGAACCUCCUUAUUCCCCUCAAGAAGCAAAGCCUCAUUCACCCAGGAACCAAGCGAAGGUUGGCGUUGAAGAACUGCUGUUAAGCCCUGGAGGUGUUUAUAGCAAGUUACUUACGCCAGGUGAUUUGCACCCUGCCGUUCUCGCUCACACACCGUUACACGAUCAACCGCUUUCUCCGCUCUCUGGUGGCACGUUGAUAGCAACUGGUCCUGCCACUGACGAGUCACCGAUCUCAGCUGUUUACAGUGCCUUAAAGAAGAGAAAAUUGAGUCAAGAUAAUUCCAGUUCUGUUAAAACAGAACCUGGUAAUCUAAUAAGCAGUGAACUUAUAAUUGAAGAUGACGUCUCCUAUCAAGAUGGCUCAGCCGAAAACGGAAUGUACCUGGAUUCGAGUAAUUUUCAGUGCAUUAGGUUUUCGGCAUUUCAACAGACCUCUUGGCACACCCUCUGUGAUCAUAACCUUAAGGAGCUACCAACGCCGCAUUAUCGUGUUGAUGCUGAUAAGGGCUUUAAUUUCUCGAAUACGGAUGAUGCCUUUGUCUGUCAAAAGAAAAAUCAUUUUCAGAUUACCUGUCAUACUCAGCUUAUAGGGGAACCUCAUUUUGUGAAGACCCCGGAAGGCCUCCGCAAGAUUGAAAAUUUCUACCUUCACUUUUACGGAGUAAAAGUCGAAUCUCCUUCGCAAACAAUCAAAGUAGAACAAUCGCAGAGCGACAGAAGUAAAAAGGCUUUUCAUCCUGUGCUCCUUGAAUUCAAGGGAGAGGAAGUUUCUAAAGUCACAGUUGGAAGGUUGCAUUUCAGCGAGACGACAUCAAAUAAUAUGAGAAAGAAAGGGAAACCGAACCCUGACCAGAGGUAUUUCUACCUCGUUGUCGGCCUUCACGCACACUGUACCGACUCCUCGCACUACCCUAUUACUUCCCACGCUUCAGAAAGAAUUAUUGUUCGGGCUUCCAACCCAGGUCAAUUUGAAAGUGAUGGUGAAGCUGUAUGGCAACGAGGCAUGACAGGUGACUCGGUUUUCCAUUGUGGGCGGGUCGGGAUCAACACUGAGAGGCCUGAUGAAGCGCUAGUCGUUCACGGUAAUAUCAAACUGACAGGCCAUAUUGUCCAACCUUCCGAUAUUCGAGCCAAGGCUUUCAUUCAAGAGGUAGACAGUAAGCAACAGCUUAAUAAUCUGGCAAGGUUGCGGGUCGUCAAGUACAGGUACAAACCAGACUUUGACAUGGACGCCAGCUUACACACUGGCCUCAUAGCACAGGAACUAGUCUCCGUUUUACCUGACGCCGUCAGUAAUUCGGGUGACAUGAAACUACCUUCUGGGAAUACAAUUAAUGAUUUCCUCGUCAUAGACAAGGAGCGAGUUUUCAUGGAAAACAUUGGAGCUGUCAAAGAGUUAGCGAAAGUUACCAGAAACCUUCAGGCGAGGCUACAGGAACUUGAAAGAGUGACGCAGUACAAUGUUUGUUCUAAGAAGAAGAAAAGUGGUAAAAAGAAAAUCGACGAUGAAGUCUGUUCUGAUACAAUGAUUCAAACAACAAUAUACAUGCUCAUUGUUAUCAUGGCACUAUGCCUUAUUUCUAUUGCGACUCUUUACUUUUUGGAAGUACACAGGAGGGGACCCAUGACAUCACAUGUAAACAGAGAAAGGAACGUUGAAAGAGCUGUUUUGAAUGCUUUGCCUAACGGAUCAAAAACUUGGCUUAAACCUUCGAUGCAGUCUUAUUUUCCUGUGAAUAAAGAAAAACUCCUAAAUUUGAACAACCCUCCUAUAAUAGGUUAUCCUGCUCACUGUAGAAGUCAGCACGGGAAUUGCCAGGUUUUUUGUUGCGACCCAGAAUCGUCAAAAAACCAUCCACUUCAUGAUAUCGAUCUAGGUAACAAUUUUCUUGAAGAUUCUGAUUUAUCAUCUGAUCAUCAGAGGUAUGAAUCUUCAGGAAUCCAGUCAAUCGGAAAAUUGAAACCUAGGAUACCUCGUCACUCAGUGAUAACCUCGAAGCUAAUUAUUGAGGGUACGGAUUUCAACAUUACACUUGGUCCAAAAAAUUGUGACCCACUGUACCCUCAGUUUGUACAGUGUACUCAUUUUACCGCUAGUAACUACACUUAUCACAUUCCAUUAAGCAGAUACCUCCACGAUUCUAUAUUGAAGUUCCAUUUCAGGCCGGAAGGUAUGGGAGACGAAAGCGUGGUGAGGUGUCGUCAGUAUCUGGACAGCUGCUCUGCCGAUAAGGAAAUGCAACAGAGUUCCGUGUUCCUUUUAAACAUAGCUCAUCUUAGCCAGGCAGUUAUUGUUUACAGGCUAGCUUCUUCUGAUAGUACGGAUGUCUGUAAUUGGGACAGCACUGGGCUCGGAACAGACUUCAUAGAAUUCAAUCUUAUUGUUUACAGAGAUUGUUCCCACCAACAGACGUAUACUAAACACCAGAACUAA